AUGCAGAGGUAUGGCCAAACUUCUGCAGAUGCUGUAUUGGCGACGGAAAAAGAGGAAGAUCUAAAAACUACUGUGAAAAAAUCUGUAGAAUCCAUGAGUAUAUCCCUAAAGGAGGAAAUAAUGGAAACCCUGAGUAAUGGAAUGAUGGAAAAAAUGGAGUUGAUGGUGCAAAAAUUUCUGCAUCAAUUAAAACCAAUCCAUCAGGGAAGUGCUCCACAAGAGCAAGACAACUCUGUAAAAGAGUUAAAAAGUGCUCCAAGAGAGCCAGAAAAUGCUCCAAGAGAGCUGGAAAGUGAUCCAGAAAAAGAUCCAAAAGAGCAGACACAACAGUAUGAAGAAUCCGGCAUAAACAAUGAAAAAGAAGAGGUGACGUCGAACCUCUUAAUACAAUUUCGUAGAGAAAUAAGAAAAUUGGAGGAAUGUUUAUCUGACAUUAAAGCAGAAAACAUUCUGAUUUUGGAACAUAAAAAAAGUUCCUGGGAAAAAAUCAUGGUGGAUAUUAAACAAAUCCAUCGCGAACUUGUGGUCAAUCACUCAGUUAAAUGUGAUAUUGAUGAAGAGCUGGAGUUGAUUGACAGGCAGUAUGCAGAAGCGGUAACAUUGGUAUUAAUGAAAAUAUUCACGAUGCAGGAAGAGAAGAAAGCAGUGGCAUUGGAAACAAUAAAAAUACCAAUGUUCAAUGGAGAUGUGGAAGAAUGGUGCUCAUUUCGCAACAUGUUCAACCGGUUUGUGCAUAUGAGCAAACUUCCAGCUGUGGAGAAGCUAGUGAGGUUAAAAACUCAUGUCAGAGGAGAAGCUCUGAAAAUUAUACAGAAUCUUCCAAUUACGGAAAACAACUAUAUUGCAGCCUGGGAGAUUUUAAACCAGAGGUAUGGUAAUAAAAGAAUUUUGUUUACUAAGUUGGUCGAUAAAAUAUUAGACCAACCAAGUACAAAUACAAUGUCAGCAAGCAGCCUGAGGAAUUUGCUGAACAUUACCAAUGAAAGUAUUCAGGCGCUAAAGGCGAUGGGAGUUAGUUUAGAAGAUGCUGACCCAAUACUCGCAAGAAUAAUUAUAAGAAAACUUGAUAAAGAAGGGCUCAUGUUAUGUGAGCAAAAUACUCGAAAAUCAAAAGAAAUUCAAAUUCUGGGAGAUGUUAUGCAAUUUAUAGAAUUGCAAUGUGAAGCAUUGGAGGCAUCUACAACUAAAAAAUUCAACAAUAUGGAUAACCACAAAAAACAACAAUUUCGAGCAACGGUACUCUCAACAGAAAAUAGUUAUUGCAACUAUUGUAAAGUAAGCGGCCAUAAAAUCCGAGAGUGUACAAAAUUCAUUGCAUUAACAGUGGAAAAUCGUAAUUCCUGGGUUCGUGGAGGAAAAAUUUGUAACAUCUGCCUAAACCACAGGAUGGAUAAGAGAUGCUUCCAAAAAACGAAAUGCCAACAAUGCGGCAAAAUGCAUAACACACUUUUACAUAUCAAUUUUGUAAAAUCAACAGGAACAGCAGCCAAUAAUACUGUUAGUUCCAUGAGUACACAUUCACCAGCGAAUGUGUUACUUUCUACGGCACAAGUGAAAGUGCAGUCUCUGCAUGGCGAAUAUGUAGUUCUAAGAGCUUUAAUAGACCAUUGUUCCCAGGUAACAACAGUGUCAGAGGAAGCAUCUCAAAUAUUGGCGCUUCCGCGAAUUAAGUGCAGAACCGAAAUACAAGGUCUUGGAGGUGUAAUAGUUGGCGUUUCAAAAUCAAAAAUAAGAUUAACAAUGAAACCACGAUUUUUAAGCGACCGGUCCGUGGAGACAGAUGCGCUGAUAUUACCACAACUGACUGGAGCACAACCUGACCAUUCGUUUAAAUUCAAUAUUAACGAAUGGAAUAAUUUCGUGUUAGCAGAUCCAUCAUUAAAUAAAUCAGAUCGUAUUGAUAUCGUGAUUGGAAUGGAUAUCAUAACCAACAUUAUUGAAGAUGGCAUAUAUAAAAGAGAUGGUAUUUUGGCUCAAUCCACAAUCUUUGGAUGGAUUUUAUCAGGUGUCAUACAUAAAAACGAGAAUCCUAGAAAAGUUAUAGUAGCAGUUACGAACUUGGAGCGAUUUUGGGAGCUGGAAGAACUACCUACAAAUUCCGAAGACUACGAAGAAGAUAAACUAUGUUUAGACCUCUUCAAGGAAACCACCGAAGUAGACGGUGACAAUAGAAUUGUAGUUAAUCUACCUUUUAAAAAGGAUGACAAUGAACUUGGUGACUCCAGAAAACAGGCGCUAGCAAGACUUCUAUCACUGGAAAGAAAACUAGAAGCAAAUCCAAAGUUGAAGGAAGACUACCAUAAAUUCAUAUGGAGAAAGUAA